AUGUCCAUCUCCCUCAUCAUCACCCACCCCGCCUCCGCCUCCAUAUCCUCCCUCCCCAAACCCAUCUCCCCCUCUCCCCUCCCAACCCAAACACCCCUCCCAAUCCCCUCCCGCUUCCCUCCCUCCUCCCGACCCCACCUCACCCCCUCCCCCUCCGGCCGGCUAUUCCUCCACUCCCAAGAAUCCCAUUUCAUCUGGGAAUAUGACCACAAAGGCCGACGGGUGGGAGAAAUGGUAUUCGGAAAGCAGGAUAGGGUGAACCAGGUUGUUUGUGGGGAUGCAUUUGUGGGGGUUUUGCUCGAUGGGAGAGAGGGGGUGGAGGUCAUGGAGAAGGAGAGUGAGAGGUUGGGAAAGUGGAAGAAGAUGAAGAGUGUGGAAGGGCCUGGAGGGGUUGUGACGGCGCUUGCGUCGGAUGGGAAACAUCUUUUGGCGAUUGGGACGGAUGAAGGUGGGCUUGUGGUUUGUAACGUCCAGGAUGGGACGAGAACGGACGUAUCGCUGGAAGGCCAUUCAGGGGCAAGUCAUACAGUGUGUUCAAGAGUAAAGCUGACAAGCGGCAAGUCUAUAUCACCCCUACUGUCAUUCGCCCCCUCCCUCCCAAACACCCUCAUCCUCCCCUCCCAAACGUCCCCAACCCUCCUCCGCAUAGCCCUAACCCCCCAAACAAUAACCUCCCUCUCCCCCUUCCCCUCCCCCGCCUAUGAGCCUAUAUCAAGCAUCUCCUUCUCCCCUGUGACUGAAUCUCCGGACGGUACUCGAAAAGGCGGGCUCUGUGCCCUCGCAGCUGGGGGCCAAGUCGUGCUCGUCGGCCUUGAUCGGGCUGUCGAAGGGUCGUUGGGGAAGAGGGUGGGAUUCGGGCAAGAAGUGGGAGACGUUGUUUUCUUGGACGGCGCUACUUUGGGAGGUAAAGUGAAGGGUGGAAAGGGGUUGCUUGUAAAGGACUUGAGGGCUUUGGAUAAAUCGCCUUUGGAGUUUGCUUUUGGGGAGGAGGUUGUAAAGGCGCAGGCAAAGUCGAGUCAAUCGUCAAAACCGACCACACGCCGAGUAUCGAAUACGUCCACCACCUCGGCUUUGGGUGAAAUCAACACCAACCUCCCUCCCACCUCUCGUCCUGCCACCCACGCUCCCGGAAACAAAACCAAAGCCCCAGCCCCUUCCCGCCCUUCCUCCUCCUCUUUGGCGUCAACAAAACCGCGCGCGUCGUCGACUAUCGUGCCUUCCCAGACAGACAGAGUUGGCAGGGAGAAGGAAGAGCGACGGUCGACUUCGGGGCCCGUGGUCCGGGAUAGGGCGAGGAAGCCGUUGGGGAUGAGUACGAGGACGAUUGAGGUUAUUGAAGAGGAAGAGGCGGAGCAAGAGUCCCCGGGGCCGUCGAGGAUUACUUGUUUGGUUGAUGGGGCUUUGACGCGCCAAGUACCAGAGCCGGUGGAAGAAGAAGAAGACGAAGAGGAAGAAGAGGAGUGGCAAGAACCAGGUGUAGACCUCACUUGGGCUCUCCACCCUCCUCGUCCUUCUUCGAGGACCCAAAGCCAAACAGGAGCCACACAUACAAGAGCAGUGGUUGAAGAAGGAGGAAUGUCUGAGAAGGAACAGAUUGCCCAUCUAAGGAGAGAGAUGGCGUUCAUGCAUAUGGACAUGUUGAGGAUGGGCCGGGAUCUUAGGAACGAAAUGAAAGCAGCGGUAGAUCCUCUGAAAGAGGAAAUACAGACAAGUCGGGUAGUUAUUGAAAAGCAGAGGAGGGAGAUUGAGAGGUUGAGGCGGGGUUAUUGA